CGAUUCAUCGAUGAUCAAAAUAUUCUCAUUAUUUUAACGUGGCAAUUGUCGAUGAAUCGUUGCACCUGUCAUGCCGUGAGAACUAACUCAUGCAUGCUGAGAGAGGAUGUAAAUUUUGGUUGCAGAUUUUCAGAUUUGCCUUGACAUUUGCUCACCUCAACCAGGGCUUUCUUGUUUUUCCCCCCAGAGCAACUGAGAGGUUGCGACUCGCGACGACGGGGCAGUUGGGGUUCGGUGGGUGUCAGCGGCCUCCCGCUCGGCGGCAUUCCAGACUGUCAGCUCAGGUCCCGCGAGGCGUCUUUGGGCUGGCCUAUAUUUGGAGGAAGCGAGCCGUUGAGAUAUUUUGAGGCUCCUAACAUGUCACAGGGCGUUUGGCGCCGCCAGCUGCGACCGCUCGCUCUAAUCGCUGGCUUCCUCCGCGUCGGAUGCCAGCGCGCCUCCACGUCAGGAAGUGUCCAUCUGGUGCCGAACAUUUCAUUCAAGAUUCAGUCACAAUGUUUUUUGUCCCAUUGCAUCUUUUUGCCCGAGCUGCCAUUUUGUCCCCACCAAUAGACUCACGUCUGGCCCUGGCACAGGAUGUUUUUGAGAACGCGCUUUUGCACAAUCACCCAUAAGCAUUUUUCAUUUCUUUUUUUGUGAAUUUAUUAUUUUUAAAUGUUUGUCCAAAUUUUUUUUCCUAUUAGUGAAAGGUGAUUUAUCGAUUUCAAAUUUUUUUCAAUGAUGUGGUCCACCUUCCUGGUGACGGACGAGGAGGGCCUCGCAGUGGGCCCGCCCGCCACCCCCACGGUGGGAGGCAGUGCGCAGGCCAGCGGCGGUGGCGGCGGCGGCGUGGUCGGAGGGGCCCAGGCCAUGGGCGGCCUGGCGGGACUCAUGAGCGGCCGUAGCACCUUCGGCGGCAACAAGCGGCGCAGGACCGGACACCACGUCCUAACUGAGGCGCAGGAAGGCAAGAUCAAGCUGGCGUUCUUCGUGGCUAUCGUGGGCGUUAUCCUGACCGUGCUGGGCGUGGGCACGGAGUUUUGGGUGGAGCUGGCGCCGCCCAAGAGUUUCUACGGCAACCAGACUUGUCCGGCGAUGCACUUUGGUCUGUGGAAGGCUUGCACCAAGCGGCUGUGGGUGGCUGAUAUCGACCCAGACAGGGAGAGCUGCGGGCCCGCCGAGCUGCCCGGAGAGUCAAACUGCACAUACUUCAAGUUCUUCACGACGGGCGAGAACGCAGUCAUGUUCCAUAAGACCACGCGCAAAAGCCUAAAUGUGACGUCGGCCAUGUUGUCGCUGUUCAGCCUGUUGCUGAUGGCGAUGGGCGGCAUCUGCAUCACCAUGGCGCUCAGCAAGGAAAUCGUCUUCUUCCUCAAGCCUGCCUCUGUCUGCUUCGUCCUCUCCGGCAUACUGGUGCUGCUGUCCCUGCUGGUCUUCCAGCAGUCAGUGUGGUCCCUCCUGGCCAGCGAUCACGCUAUCCCACUGCACCACAACUUCUCCUGGUCCAUGUCAUGUGUGGGCUGCGCCAGUGCCAUCUUGAUUGUGGGCGGACUGCUCUUCCUGCUGCUGGCGCUGCCCUCCAGCACCUGGCAGAGGUGUCACAGCACUGCCAGCUAGUGGUCGGGAGGCGCGACUGCACUCAGUGCUGCCGCCUAAGCGCGGGGACUUGGCGCUGCAGACAUACAGUACUUGGAAAGCACAACUAUUUGGUAUCUUCCCAGUGCUGCUACACUCCUUGUCCUCACUAGUAAGACAAUUCAGCUCACUAGGCAAAGAACAACAAAGGUUUCUCAACAUUUUUAACACAGCUUUUGGCCUAAUAGAACACAAUUACAUAUUACUAGAAAACUACCCUGCUGCACUAGUAACACUACAGGGCCCAACCAUAAUCAUGUGUC